GGAGCCACAGGAGCAGUCAGCGGAGGGCGUGUCCAGACAGGUAUUCACCACAGACGGGCGGCGUCUACGGAGAGGAAUAAAGAGUCAAUGUUCGGGCAGAGGCCUUUCUUCGGGACUGGAAAGAGGAAGAAGCCAGAAUAAGAAGAUGGAGGGAAGGAAAAUCAGACGAUCGGUAAACCCAGGUGAGGGAAAAGGGCUCAGAAGCUGGGCGCAGACGGGCAGGAAGCCUAGUGCUGCCAUCAGGCUGACCCGUUCGACUCUCUGGAAUCCACACACCCUUGCCCCCUCAUCCAUGGAGGGAGGGAGCAGCCCCGUCAGGGAUCUCCACCUUUGUUCGGUGUGCGGGCUGGGUUUCAGCCAGUCAUCUGAGGCUGAAGACCACAUGACUGUCCACGUCAAGGAGGAGCAGUGGUACGAGUGUGAUGUGUGUGGCAAGGCCUGGCUGUACCCCUGCCAGCUGGAGGCCCACAGGCGGGUGCACACCGGGGAGAAGCCGUUCGACUGCCCCGUCUGCGAGAAGGGAUUCGCUUGGUACUCGGGUCUCCUGCAGCACCAGCGGCUGCACACCGGGGAGAAGCCCUUCUCCUGCCCCGUCUGCGGCAAGGGCUUCACCCAGUCUACCGGCCUCCUGCAGCACCAGCGCACCCACACCGGCGAGCGGCCCUUCUCCUGCCCCGUCUGUGGCAAGGGCUUCACCCAAGCGUCCCAGCUCCUGCAGCACCAGCGCACCCACAGUGGGGUGAAACCGUUCACUUGCCCCAUCUGCGGCAAGGGCUUCACCCAGUCUUCUGGCCUCCUGCAGCACCAGCGCACCCACACCGGCGAGCGGCCCUUCUCCUGCCCCGUCUGCGGCAAGGGCUUUGCCCAGUCCUCCCACCUUCUCCAGCACCACCGCGUUCACACCGGGGAGCGGCCCUUCAUCUGCCCCUUCUGCGGCAAGGGCUUCACCCAGUCCUCCGGCCUUCUGCAGCACCAGCGCACCCACACCGGCGAGCGGCCCUUCAUUUGCCCCGUCUGCGGCAAGGGCUUCACCCAGUGCUCCAGCCUCCAGCAGCACCAGCGGGUCCACACCGGGGAGCGGCCUUUCUCCUGCCCCGUCUGCGGGAAGGGCUUCACCCAGUCUACCGGACUCCUGCAGCACCGGCGCACCCACACACAGUGAGGCGCAGCUGUGCCCUGGCGUGGUGGAGGGUCCUUCACCUGCUCCUAGGGUGGAAAGGCUGCGGCGAGCCACAGCUGCUGUCAUACACUAGACUGAGAUUUGUUUUCUUGCUGGAAUUCACAUUAGUUGCAAAAGGAACACAGUAGAAUCAAUUAAAAACAAUUGUAGACAACCAGCAUGCAAAGGAAGACAAGCUACAAAUAGAACAAAAAUAAAUACUAGAUUAUAUCGAGAACAUGAGGUGGAGAACCCUUGAGCGUGAGUCCAUAGGUUGUGGAACCAGUUCAGUGUUGCGGUGAGUGAAGCUAUCCUCUCUGGUUCAGGAGCACAGUAACUGUUCCUGAGCUUGGCGCUGUGGGAUCUAAGGACCCAGCCCCCCCCCCCCCCACCCCAUGGCAGUGGCGGGAAGAGAGUGUAGCCCGGAUGGCGGAAGCUGCUUUCUCGUGGUGUUGCUCCCUGUAGUUGUGCUCAGUGGCGGGGAAGGGCUUUUGCCAGCCCGUGGUGCACUGGGCCGUUGGGCACGCUGGCCCCUCAUACAUCGAAGCAUGAGGUGGGGGAGCUCGGGCGUUAAUGUCGUAAGGCGGUGGUAGGGCCGAAUCUGCAGCGUUGUGCGUGCAGUUCUGGUCGCCUGCCUACAGGAGGCAGAAGCUUGAAAGAGUGCAGAGGUUUACAGGGGCAUCGCCAAGAUUUGAGGGCCUGAGUUACCGAGAAACGUUUGGACAGGUUAGGACUUUAUUCCCUGGAGCGCAGGAGAAUGAGGGGAGAUCUGGUAGUGGUAAACAAGAUUCAGAGAGUUCUGGAUGGAGUGAACGUGUCCGGAGAUUUUUGUCCCUCAGUUUGCGUGAGACUGGAACUAGAGGUCACAGGUUUGGGGUGAAAGGUGAAACAUUUAAGGGGGAAUGUCUUCACCUGGGGAUUGUAGAACGAGCUGCCAGGGGAAUUUAGAAGCCACAGGAUUAGAGUUCGACAGCAGUGUGGAUUGGUAUAUGGAUGGGAAGGGUUUGGUCAGAUAUGGUCCAGGUGCAGGUGGAAGGUCAGCAUGGAGUAGAUGGGCCGAAGGUGCUGUGAGUGCAGCAGGCCUCCCACACGGGGGAGAGGCCCUUCACCUGCUCAGACUGCGGGAAGAGAUACUCUCUGUCCUCUGGGCUGCUGGUGAACCAGCACAGACAUCGAGGCCCUUGGCUGCUCCUGCCCCUGCCCCCGCCCCUCCCACCGCCUGCAGGAACAGAGAGCCAGUCAGUCCUGACCUCCCCCCCCACUCCCUGCAAGGACGGAGGAUCUGCACUGGACAGGGGCCCCUCUCUGGCCCCGUGUGAAGGAUUGGACCCUCCUGGUCAGCCGACGGGCCCCCGCGACCCUUCAUCCCUGCCACCUGCUCCCGUGCAGGGCAGCGUGUCCUACUGGGGAGUGGUGGGGCAGACAGCUGAGGAGGCUGCCGAGCAAUCACAGGUACUCCGGACUAGUAUGGGGGCAGUACAGUGAAGGGCCAGCCCCCCCGCCCCUCCCCC